AUGCCGAGUAACGUGGCAGCGAUAAGAGUGGCGGCGGAGUUGUUGGGUAUGACGGAAGGAGAGAAUCUAUGCGAGGUGACAGAAUCAUACUUUGACAGAGUUGUUGGCAUUGAUGCAUUCAUGGUUCUGCGCUCGUGCGUUACUAUGCUUCCCGAAGCCGAAACGACAGCGUCGCUUGUCAGCAGGUGUAUUGAAGUGCUGAUUUUGGACGACGACGUUUCAUUUUUGGACGACGUCGUAGAGAUGCAAGCUCAUGAAUUUCAAAUGGUGGCGUGUUACUUGAACAAACGGCUGCGCGACCACGACGUUCUAUACAAGAUGAUUGAUCUUUAUCUUAAGAAUUUGUUGGCAUUGGUGAAGGAAAACAAGUACGGAAAACUAACAGAGGAACAACAGACAGACAUAUGCAACAACUUAGAUUGUUCUAAGCUCUCACCCCACAUCCUCGUUGACUGUGUUCAAAAUCCGCGAAUGUCGCUCAAAUUCAUAAUGGGAGUGAUACUGGUGGAGCAUCUAAACACUCGUCGCUCCCUGGUUGCGGCGGCCGCCGCCGCUACGCAGCAAGUGGAACGGACGUCACUGAGAAAAAUUCUCCAUCAUGACACUGCUCAUCGCCAUGCAACGGAUAUCGAAGAGGCCAUGGACUCCACCUACUAUCGCAUUCAAAGCCUUGAGAAAGAACUAAUGGACAUGAAGAAACUUCUUGAACAUCAUCAAGUGAGGCAUGGGAAGAGGAAUAAUAAUGCGUUGAACCAAGAACGUUCAACGAGUUUUCAUUUUGAACCACCACACAGCAGUAAAAUACAGAGGGGAGGAAGAGGGUCCAUUUCGUCUUCGAAUUUUCUGUUUGAUGACAUGAUAACCGAGAAAAAUAAUGAGGUGGGGAUGUCUCUUGCAGAUAAAACCUCAACAAAGAUUACCAGUUUUUUUCCCCACAAGAUCAUAACUACUCUCAAAAACGCAUUCGGAUGUCGAAUUCAACGUGAAACUAAACGGAGUUAG